AGGACAUUUGAGCCUCUGCGGACGCCGUAGGCUUUCUGUCUUUUCGGAAAGCUUCGCGAGCCUUCUCGGAUCUCGUACCGGCCCUGCCUGAAGGGAGAGCGUGUGUGGCCGAGAUUUUUGUGACUCGAAGUCAGCGGCGGUAGUUGGGCCGGCACGAAGUUCUCGCCGCCAUGAGCCGGAGUUAUAACGAUGAGCUGCAAUAUCUGGAUAAACUCGACAAGAACUGCUGGCGCAUCAAGAAGGGCUUCGUGCCCAACAUGCACGUGGAAGGUGUGUUCUAUGUGAACGAUCCUCUAGAGAAGUUAAUGUUUGAAGAGUUAAGGAAUUCCUGUCGAGGGGGAGGUGUUGGCGGUUUCCUGCCAGCCAUGAAGCAAAUUGGAAAUGUGGCUGCACUGCCUGGCAUUAUCCAUAGAUCCAUAGGGCUUCCUGAUGUCCAUUCUGGCUAUGGCUUUGCCAUUGGUAACAUGGCUGCCUUUGAUAUGAAUGACCCAGAAGCAGUGGUAUCACCAGGUGGUGUUGGCUUUGACAUCAACUGUGGUGUACGGCUGCUGCGUACUAACCUUGAUGAGUGUGAUGUCCAGCCUGUGAAGGAGCAGCUGGCCCAGUCCAUGUUUGACCACAUUCCUGUUGGUGUGGGAUCCAAGGGUGUCAUUCCUAUGAAUGCCAAGGAUUUGGAGGAGGCUCUGGAGAUGGGAGUGGACUGGUCCUUGCGUGAGGGUUAUGCCUGGGCUGAGGAUAAAGAGCACUGUGAAGAAUAUGGGAGGAUGCUGCAAGCUGAUCCAAAUAAAGUAUCUGCAAGGGCUAAGAAAAGGGGCUUGCCUCAGCUGGGAACUCUGGGAGCAGGAAACCAUUAUGCUGAGAUUCAGGUUGUGGAUGAGAUUUAUAACGAGUAUGCUGCCCGGAAGAUGGGCAUAGACCACAAGGGACAAGUGUGUGUGAUGAUCCACAGUGGCAGCAGAGGCCUGGGCCACCAAGUAGCUACAGAUGCCCUCGUGGCUAUGGAAAAAGCUAUGAAACGGGACAAGAUCAUUGUGAAUGACCGCCAGCUGGCUUGUGCCAGGAUUGCUUCCCAAGAGGGACAGGAUUACUUGAAGGGAAUGGCAGCAGCUGGAAAUUAUGCAUGGGUCAAUCGCUCUUCCAUGACUUUCCUCACGAGGCAGGCUUUUGCCAAAGUCUUCAAUACCACCCCUGAUGAUCUGGAUAUGCACGUGAUCUAUGACGUGUCUCACAACAUCGCUAAAGUAGAGCAGCACGUGGUGGAUGGGAAAGAACGGACCCUGUUGGUGCACAGGAAAGGAUCGACUCGGGCUUUUCCUCCACAUCAUCCCCUCAUAGCUGUCGAUUACCAAUUGACUGGCCAGCCAGUGCUGAUUGGUGGGACUAUGGGAACGUGUAGCUAUGUCCUUACUGGUACAGAUCAAGGCAUGACUGAAACUUUUGGAACCACUUGCCAUGGCGCGGGCCGCGCGCUGUCUCGAGCCAAAUCCCGACGCAACUUGGAUUUUCAGGAUGUCUUGGACAAGCUGGCAGACAUGGGGAUUGCAAUCCGUGUUGCUUCUCCCAAACUGGUCAUGGAAGAAGCACCUGAAUCUUACAAGAAUGUGACAGAUGUGGUCAACACCUGCCAUGCAGCUGGCAUCAGCAAGAAAGCCAUUAAACUGAGGCCCAUUGCAGUUAUCAAAGGCUAAGGAAACUGACCAGAAUGACCAUUACCCAAGACCUUUGUGCCACCCAGAGUGCUUGGUGACUGUAUUCUAUGCCUAGAUGGAGAUAUCAACUGACAUAGAUUCUUUGUUGUUGGAACUCAUGGACGUAAGGAGUGUCCAGAAAACACUUUUUGUUUUGAGGAAAGGAUGAACCAAAACAUGUUGCCACCUAAUUUUAUGGAGCAAUAUCUGAAACCAGUUGAAUUUCUUUUACCAGACUGUUGAAGAAUGGUCAUUACUUGCUGCAACUGUAGCCAACGUUAAUUCUGUAACUUCUAAUUUGUGGGGAAGCGUUUCUGAUGGAGGCAUUUUCUGAUGUAAGCCAAAUACAUCUAUUUCAAGAUGGGCUUCUGUUUUGCAGAAUUUAAUUUGAUGAGUCCCUUGCGUUAAAAGUCUAGACCCCUCUGAAAUAGAACCAUGAACUGAAUUCAACUAUCAAUAGAUACUCUAAACAGUUGAAAGGGAAAUUGUGUAUGCUUGAGUUAGACCAAAACUUGAUAUUGCCACACAAUUGACAAUUGGUCCACAAAUGCUCUGUCUAGAAGUCCCUGAAUGGAUAGUUGCAUUGUGACUCUCUGCACUAACAGAGGAAGCUGUUGUCUGAAGUUAAGCUUUUACCAGCUGUUUUGCCUCAUGACACACCCUACGGUAUAUCAAGCACAGGUGGCUCAUUGUGCCCCUCAUGUCAGGUAAUAUAGUGGUGACUGGCAUAGCUAGCACAGGCGUUGCUCUGGUACUGUUCUGUAUAUAUUAGUGACACCUAUGUUUGAUCUGUUGAUAGGUAGGCUCUUGAACUGACCAUGCCAUGCUAUAACUAGUAGGGCUUGAUGGGCUUGAUCUGGCCCACAGAUAUGACUUUGACAUUGGCAUAGUCAUUGAUCCUCUUGAAUUUGAUUGGAAUCCUGAAAGAGGUUUACCAAAACAUCUGAGGUUUUGAAACGUCUAGAUAAACGGAGAAAGCAAAACAGUCAAUGCAUAUUGUUGUCAUUUCUCUUACACUGACAAGACAUUUGGAGAAUGAGGAAAGUCUUUCAUAUUUAAAGAUGGAGAUUUGGUUUGAAUACUAGGAUAACAACCCUUCCACUUCUAAUGCAAUUUUAGAAGAAUAUUUAUCUCAGGUCUUGCAUGUCGGUCUCCUUUGAUUUAUUUCACUUACAGGGGAAAAAGCUACUGGCAUGUAUAAAAUUUAAUUGCAGUCAGUAGAGGGCACCUAUUUCAAAUUAGUAAUCUCCGAGAGCCAAAUUAAGAUGGGGUGGGGGAAGACUUAAAACAGAGCACCGUAAAGAGGAGAAAAAGAGGUCAUUUUUGGAUGUGUGUGAGAAAGUGUGAGAACUCUGUCCAACACUUUACAUGUGAGCUGGCUGGAUUUGUGAAUAAAUGCACAUGGAUUCCCUUCCUGUGUCUCCUUUGGCCCUGAAUUAGGGGCAGAAGCUAUAAAAUCCUUUCCAUAGCAGAGCGAAGGGAAGCCACUUGCUAAAGACUGUAACCUGGCUGCAUCCAUGUAAUCAUCUAGAGAACAUGGUUAAACUGGUACUUGCUGCAGUCAACAGUGGAUUUGAAUUAAAAGGGCUAAUAAACUUUAACAUUAAAUCAUGGGCCAAUGGAAGAAGAAAAGUUGUUGGUUAAGACACUGUUAAAACUGCCUCAGGACAUUAGUGUGACUCACAUGUAAGCCGCAUCUCACCCUCCCUCCCGCUUACACUGUUAGAACUAUUUUCAGCCGGGUUGAGAACGUUCACAU